CAGCUCUGCUAACCACGCCCCUCUGCAGACAGAACGGGAGCUCCAUUCAAACACGGCAAACUCCGCGCUCCGGGAUGCGACAGUCGUUGUAGAAGGAGAGAAAGGCGGCAGCAGCAGCAAUCACACACUGAACGUCACAGAUCGGAUCGGAGGGGCCAUCAGCAGGCAGCCAGAGACACGCCAGCCACCCAGCCAGUCAGCAGCCAGAACACACCAGCACUGAGCGCAGUCAGCUAGCAGGAGGCUAACGGCUAACACCAACAUGGCGAGCGCCUCGUACCACAUCUCCAACCUGCUGGAGAAAAUGACUUCCAGCGACAAGGACUUCAGGUUUAUGGCCACCAACGACCUAAUGACGGAGCUUCAGAAAGAUUCAAUCAAACUGGACGACGACAGCGAGAGAAAGGUGGUGAGGAUGAUUCUCAAGUUGCUGGAAGACAAGAAUGGAGAAGUUCAAAACCUGGCUGUCAAAUGCCUGGGUCCUUUGGUCAGUAAGGUGAAGGAGUACCAGGUGGAGACCAUUGUGGACACGCUGUGCACCAACAUGCUGUCGGACAAAGAACAACUCAGAGACAUUUCCUCCAUUGGACUCAAGACUGUGAUUGGAGAGUUACCGCCCGCCUCCAGUGGCUCCGCUUUAGCUGCCAGUGUUUGUAAGAAGAUAACCGGUCGCCUGACGAGUGCCAUCGCUAAACAGGAAGACGUCUCAGUCCAGCUGGAGGCUCUCGACAUCAUGGCCGACAUGCUCUGCCGACAGGGGGGUCUGUUGGUGAAUUUCCAUCCCUCCAUCCUCAGCUGUCUGCUACCUCAGCUCACCUCCCCCAGACUGGCUGUAAGAAAGAGGACCAUCAUGGCUCUGGGCCACCUCGUGAUGUCCUGUGGAAAUCUGGUCUUCAUCGAUCUGAUUGAGCAUCUUCUGACAGAGCUCGGCAGGAACGACAACAUGUCGACCACCAGAACCUACAUCCAGUGCACAGCAGCCAUCAGCAGACAGGCCGGGCACCGGAUCGGAGAGUACCUGGAGAAGAUCAUCCCUUUGGUAGUGAAGUUCUGUAACGUUGAUGACGACGAGCUCAGAGAGUACUGCAUCCAGGCCUUCGAGUCAUUCGUCAGGAGGUGUCCUAAAGAAGUUUACCCCCACGUACCUACGGUCAUCUCCAUCUGCCUGCGCUACCUGACCUACGAUCCAAACUACAACUUUGAUGAUGAAGACGAGGAUGACAACGCGAUGGACGCAGAGCAGAACGAUGAAGACUACCAAGGCAGUGAUGAUGAGUACAGCGAUGAUGACGACAUGAGCUGGAAGGUUCGACGGGCAGCAGCAAAGUGUCUGGAUGCUGUUGUUUCCACGCGUCAUGAGAUGCUGCCAGAAUUCUAUCGCUCUGUCUCUCCUGCACUUGUCUGUCGCUUCAAGGAGAGGGAGGAGAAUGUGAAGGCAGAUGUUUUCCAUGCCUACCUGUCGCUGCUUAAACAGACCAGACCAGCUCAGAGCUGGCUGACCGAUCCAGAUGCUAUGGAGCAGGGAGACACGCCCUUAACGAUGCUGCAGAGUCAGGUUCCAAUGAUAGUGAAAGCUCUUCACAAACAGCUGAAGGAGAAAAGUGUCAAAACCCGUCAGUGUUGUUUCAACAUGUUAACGGAACUGGUAAAUGUCCUGCCUGGAGCCCUGACUCAGCACAUCCCUGUGCUGAUACCAGGCAUCAUUUUCUCUCUGAACGAUAAAUCAAGCAGCUCCAACCUGAAAAUCGACGCCCUGGCCUGUCUUCAUGUCAUCAUGGUCACUCACCCCGCUCAUGCUUUCCACGACCAUGUCCCUGCACUUGUCCCACCCGUGGUGGCGUGCGUAGGGGACCCCUUCUACAAGAUUACCUCAGAGGCUCUGCUCGUCACUCAGCAGCUCGUCAAGGUGAUCCGACCUCUGGACAACCAAUCAGAGAGCUCAGACAGCUUUGACCCCUCCCCAUACAUCAAUGACCUGUUCACCUGUACGAUCAGACGCCUUAAAGCUGCCGACAUUGAUCAGGAGGUCAAAGAACGAGCCAUCUCCUGCAUGGGACAGAUUAUCUGCAACCUGGGUGACCGUCUGCCUACUGAACUUCCUGGAACACUGUUGAUCUUCUUAGAACGUCUCAAGAACGAGAUAACAAGACUCACAACUGUGAAAGCUCUGACGCUGAUUGCUGGCUCUCCAUUAAAAAUUGACCUGAGGCCGGUUCUGCCGGAUGCUGUUCCCAUCCUUGCUUCUUUCCUCCGCAAGAACCAGAGAGCCCUGAAGCUCUGCACGCUGGCUGCCCUGGACAUCCUGCUCAGAAACUACAGCUCUGCUGUGACUCCAGUCAUGGUGGAUGCAGUCCUAGCAGAGCUGCCUCCUCUCAUCUCUGAGAGUGACAUGCACGUGUCUCAGAUGGCGCUGAGCUUCCUGUCCACGCUGGCCGUCACCCACCCGUCCUCACUGAGUCAGCUGAGCGGCGGAAACAUCAUGCAACAGCUCAUUGCUCUGGUUCGAUCCCCGCUGCUGCAGGGGGGCGCACUUACUGCCAUGCUGGACUUCUACCAGGCUCUGGUGUCCACUGACACUCCUGGUCUGGGCUACAUGGACCUGCUAAGGAUGCUGACUGGUCCAGUUUACUCCCAGAGUGCUGCUCUGCCUCACAAACAGGCCUACUGCUCCAUCGCCAAGUGUGUUGCUGCCCUGACGCGAGCCUGUCCCACUGAGGGACCCGCUGUGGUCGGACAGUUCAUCCAGGAUGUGAAGAACAGCCGCUCCACCGACUCCAUCAGGCUGCUGGCUCUUCUGUCAUUGGGCGAAGUGGGACAUCAUGUGGACCUCAGCAGCCAACCAGAGCUAAAGACGGUCAUACUGGAUGCGUUUUCCUCCUCAAGUGAAGAGGUUAAGUCUGCAGCCUCCUAUGCCUUGGGCAGUAUUGCAGUGGGGAAUCUUCCAGAGUAUCUUCCUUUUGUCCUGCAGGAGAUCUCAUCCUCCAAGAGACAGUACCUGUUGCUGCACUCGCUAAAAGAGAUCAUCAGUUCGGCUUCCGUGUCUGGACUGAAACCGUAUGUGGAGUCCGUUUGGUCUCUGCUCCUCAAACACUGUGAGUGUCAGGAGGAAGGAACCAGGAAUGUUGUGGCUGAGUGUCUGGGAAAACUGACCUUGAUUGACCCAGAAACCCUGCUGCCCCGCCUCAAAGGAUACCUGCUGUCAGGUUCAUCGUAUGCCAGAAGCUCUGUGGUAACGGCGGUGAAGUUCACCAUCUCGGACCAGCCACAGCCUAUUGACCCGCUGCUUAAAAACUGCAUAGGUGACUUCCUAAAGACGCUGGAGGACCCAGACCUGAACGUGCGUCGCGUUGCCUUAGUCACGUUUAACUCUGCGGCCCACAAUAAACCCAGUCUGAUCCGAGAGCUGCUGGACUCUGUGCUACCACAGCUUUACAAUGAGACCAAAGUCAGGAAGGAGCUGAUCAGAGAGGUGGAGAUGGGUCCAUUCAAACACACAGUGGAUGACGGUUUAGACCUGAGGAAGGCGGCAUUCGAGUGUAUGUACACUCUGCUGGACAGCUGCCUGGACCGCAUUGACAUCUUCAUCUUCCUCAACCACGUAGAAGACGGUCUCAAGGACCACUAUGACAUCAAGAUGCUGACAUUCCUCAUGCUGGCCCGACUGUCGUCUCUAUGUCCCAGUGCUGUUCUACAGAGACUGGACAGGCUGGUGGAGCCGCUGAGAGCUACCUGCACCACCAAGGUGAAGGCCAACUCUGUAAAACAGGAGUUUGAGAAGCAGGAUGAACUCAAGCGAUCAGCAAUGCGUGCCGUCGUUGCCCUGCUCACCAUCCCUGAGGCCGAGAAGUCGCCUUUGAUGUCAGAGUUUCAGUCCCAGAUCUCAUCCAAUCAGGAGCUGGCGGCCAUCUUUGACUCCAUUCAGAGGGACUCCAGCUCUGCCAACAUGGAGUCCAUGGACACCAGCUAAACAUGUGGACUAAACAAGAUCCCACAAUGCAACAACGCACCACCCCCGCUGCUGGAGCGCUAACCCCGCAGCAUGUUUUCAUGACAACAGGACGCACACACAUACAUACACACCGCACACACACACUUACUUGUAGUGACACACCCUCUCCUAGCGAUUGAUCGUUCCAUGAUGCAUUGCACUGAAAUCAGCAGUUUGGAAAGCAAAGGAAGAAGACUGAUGUAAGGCUCACACACAAACACAACGGACAAAAUGCAUAAACAAGAAAAAAUUAAUUCAAGAAAAUAAGUUCUUUAUGAUGCUUGGAAGCACCUCCCACUUCCCAUUUGUUUUCUAGCGAGGUCAUCCGAUUGGCUGAUCUCCCUCCAUCAUUCUUCUAAUUUCUUUUGUUCCUUUUGUAAUUCCAGAGAGUUUGACAGGUACUGUAACCUGAUUGGCCGCUGCUAAGUGACUGACAGUUGGCAUGUUAUCAAAACUGACCAAUGGGGAGAAGCAGCCUUUCCUGUGUAGGCUGUGAUGACCAAUGGGAGAAGGGCUCGCUGUUUGUAUUUUUAUUUCCUUUGUAAGAAUGAUGUAGGUGACCCAUAGGAUGCUUGAGGGUGAUGACGAGUGGGUAGGGGUUUACUGUUUGUGGACCAAUCAUGUGUUGUGUUUCACUGGAUCUGCCCUCGGUCCCUUCACUCCUAAGAAGGAAGGAAGCAAUGUUUGAGAGGAUGGAGGGUUGCUGUGGAUCGUGUUCCAUCUAACCAGACCCGACUGGACUGGGCUGAUGACUCUGUGGCUGUUGAUAAACAGUAAUACAUACAUCAUUAGAGCCAGUGAGGCCUCCGUUCAGGACUGUUUUUUUCCAAGUUUGAGCCGGAUGAAGCAGGUCACAGCCUGGUCUGGUCGGGUUAGGCUGCUCCACUGAUGUUUAGUGCCCAAGAAAAAUUAAAAAGGUCCAUUUCUGCCUGCCUUCAUGCUCUUGACUUCCUCAUUUCUUUUUGUGUGCGCGAGUGUCAGUAAGCUUCAAGCAGAGGAUUUUGGAUGAUAUAAGUGUCAAUAAAGAGCAGCCGUGAAACCCAAACCUUCAGGGUUGAUUCCAAAGA